UUGGCCCCCUCUUAUUGUUGAGACGGCGGAACAGAGACGCAGUUUUGUCUAUCGAACCUUCAUAAAUCUAGCCGGCUUUUCGGUUCUGGCUUUGAUUCAAUGGUUACCCCUAAUGUUCUUUCCGCGAUCCAGCAUCCUAAAUGUGGCAAGAUAUCAUGAAUCGUCCUUUGUGCUGACCUUUUUCGUAGGCAUGCUCUUCUUCGUGGUAUUCUUGCUCAGUGAUCAAGUACGUCACAUGAAUUGCCUAAAUUGGAUAAUUGCUCUGGUAAUUGUCGAGUGUGAGAUCGUGUCCAUUGCUCUGUUGGCUGUUGGCACGAGUUUUGUAUAUCUCAUUAUUAGUUUAAUUGUUGCCCUGUUUAUGAUGAUAUUUGGCAUGCUGCUGGGAUUCCUAAUGACGUAUGAUCUGACUAGGAAUAUACACUUUAUGUUUACGGUGACCUUUUGCGCAUUUGUGCUAAGCAUCUAUGUUGCUGUCUUCUUGGCGAUUCUGCAGUUGACUUGGCCCUUCUUCGUCUAUGCUGCAGUCAUCGCUUUAAUGGUGUUGCCCGUUCUUGUGUAUCACAUGCAGUACAUACUGGGAAAUGGAACUGUUCGGGCCAGCCUGAAGGAUGACAAGCUGGCCGCGCUGCUAUUGUUUACUGAUUUUCUGGCCUUGUUUAUGCUAACCUUCUACUGGCGUCCCACCCGUGGCGACAAACAAUAAAAGCCAUGUUUCUCACACA